UUCUUGAACCGGGUAGUUCAGCGCUCCGGCGAUUCUCAAUUGAUGACUGUCCGCCUCUUCGUACAUUGCACAAGAAGAGUAGACUGGCUAGUGUACGCUAGUUUGAGCCGUCCUCUAUUCCAAUAUCUUUCGGAACUGUUGUUGACAUUCAACAGUGWAGGGGACUUGUCCAAAAAGUUAACAUUUUGGAGUGAUCAUAAGGAGCGCAUUUACCCAAACGUGUAGGUCCUCGUUAAAGACUGUCCACCAGGGAUGUUCGACCUAACGAAGGAAUGGAACCUGUCAUUCGCCGGCUGCGGGUUCCUGGGGAUCUAUCACAUCGGAGUGGCCAGCUGRCUGUCYGAACAAGCGCCUUACCUUAUCAAAGGUGCCACCAAGAUCUACGGGGCUUCAGCUGGUUCCCUCUCUGCCUCGAUGCUCGCCAGCCAGGCAUCCAUAGCUAAGUGCUGUGAGGAUGUGAUCGAGACGGUCAUGGAGGCCCGGAAGCGUAUCCUGGGCCCCCUCCACCCCUCCUUCAACCCGGUCAAGGUCAUCAGGUCGGGCCUGGAGCGCGACCUGCCCGCCAACGCUCACACACUCGCCUCCGGGAGGCUGUGUGUGUCACUCACUCGCGUGUCUGAUGGACAAAACGUCAUUGUGUCCGAGUUCAAGUCCAAGGAGGAGCUCAUCCAGGCGCUGCUGUGUAGCUGUUUCAUCCCCAUAUACUGUGGUCUGAUCCCCCCAUCCUUCCAAGGAGUGCGUUAUGUGGAUGGGGGGAUCAGUGACAACCUUCCUCAGUCAGAGCUGAAGAACACCAUCAGCAUCUCUCCGUUCUCAGGCGAAAGCGACAUCUGUCCCCGCGACACCUCCUUCAACUUCCACGAGCUUCGUUUCACCAACACCUCCAUCCGGUUGAACCUGAGCAACAUGUACCGCCUCAGCAAGGCCCUGUUCCCCCCAGAACCCAAGGUCAUGGCAGAGAUAUGUCAGAGUGGCUACAAGGACGCCCUUCGCUUUCUUGAGGAGAACCAUCUGCUAAAGCUGGAGUGUCCGACUGCCGGCCCCUACCUAUCAGAAGCCACCUGCUGCUGCAAGCCCAUCGCCAUGGAAACCACUAAGAACUGGAUGUUCUGGCGUCUCCGCCUCCUGAGGAAGCAACACUGGUGGUUGGAUGAGCAGAUUGUUGACAACCUGCCAACCCAAAUCAAGAAAGGUAGAUAGGAGGUCAUCCUAGACCGGGGAUGGGCAACUGGCGUUCCGCGCCAUUUUGUAGGCCUACGUAUCAAUUUCCACUUUUUUGUAUAUAUACACUACCGUUCAAAAGUUUGGGGUCACUUAGAAAUGU